AUGUUCAGAGUAGGGAUUAUUAUUGUAUAUAUUCUUCUGUUCCCAGCUUCACAUGUGCAGCGGCACUAUAUGAGAAAUCUUCACUACACUGAUCCCAAAGGAGAGAAGAUGUCCUUUAAUGAGAGAGGAGAUCUGCCCUCUGAGUGGUCCUUAGCAAACUUGGUCUUGUACAAAACUGUCACUAGAUAUAAAAUUUUUAUAGACCACGUGAUCACAAAUGAUGAGUCACUAAAUUAUGGCCCGACUAACAGUAUUGCCCUAGGAGAAAUCAAAUGGAAAGAAGGCAAGGACAGUGUGGCGCUAAUUUCCUCAGUAACAGCUUCAUCUUUCUCUGCCAUAACAUUAUUUAUAUUAAGGAACUUUAUUUAUUAUUGGAACACUCCAAUUGUGAAAGCCAAUAACCGGGCUGUAAGCCUCAUUCUCCUGAUCUCCAUCUUGCUGAGCUUCCUCUGUGUGUUCUUGUUCCUCGGCCGCCCGGUGGAUAUAACCUGCAGGCUGAGACAGACAUCAUUUGGGAUCUUCUUCUCCACAGCUGUCUCUUCUGUAUUAGCCAAGACUGUCACUGUCUGUAUUGCUUUCAAAGCCACCAAGCCCGGUAGUCCCUGGAGGAAGUGGAUCACACUCAAAGUCUCUAAUUAUGUGGUCAUUGUGUGCUCCUCUGUCCAAGCUCUGAUCUGUGGUAUCUGGCUGUCUGUAUCUCCUCCCUACCAGGAAUAUGACCAUCACUCCUAUCAAGGAAUGAUCAUCAUUCAGUGUAAUGAGGGGUCAGUGAUUGGAUUAUACUCUAUGUUGGGUUACAUGGGGAUCCUGGCGGCUGUGAGCUUUGUUCUGGCUUUCAUGGUGAGGACAUUACCGGACAACUUUAAUGAGGCCAAGUACAUCACCUUCAGCAUGCUGGUGUUCUGCAGUGUUUGGAUUUCAAUGAUCCCGGCCUAUCUGAGCACCAAAGGGAAAUACACAGUGGCUGUGGAGAUAUUUGCUAUACUGACCUCAUGUGCCGGUGUUCUGGGCUGUAUAUUUUUCCCAAAGCUCUAUAUUCUGCUUUUGAAACCUGAAAUGAACUCUAGAAAAAUGAUGCUAGAGAAAGACAUGUCAUAA